AUGAAGUAUCGCAUUGUGCUUAUGCUGGGGUGCUUGUUAGUGGUGGGGGCUGAGAAGGAAGGAAUGUUCUUGGGGAGUCCUUUUGUGACGCAUAUGUAUGUGACCCAGCCAGUGGCUAGUGAUAAGAGUGGAGUAGGUGGGGCUGGAGGUAAGUCUGAGAAGAGUAAGGAGAGUAGUAGUGGGCCUAAGAGUGAUGCAAGUAGUGCGACGAGUAAAGAUAGUAAGUCGGGUAGUGAUAAGAGUAGUAGUAGUAAACCGGCGGAUAGUUCUAAGGAUAGUGGUGGGUUGAUGGGUUUGUUUGGUGGGAGUAAAAGUAGCAGUAAGGCUAAGACUCCCACUAGUACGAAAGGGGCUAGUCCGACGGCGACGGGUGGACGGGGUAAGCCGAGUGGAGGGCUGUUUGGUCUUUUUGGGCCGGCUUCAACUAAGAGUGCUAAGGCCUUGACUACCUCGUUGGCGGCUAAGAAAACAUCUAAAUCGACCAGUAAGGCGUCUAAGUCGUCUAAGCCCAGUAAGAGUACUAGUUCUAAACUUGCUGCAACGUCUAGUCUUAAGAGUAAGAGUAAGACUGAUAAAUCUGUGGCGGUGAAAUCUAGUGCGGUGAAAUCUAGUGCGCUUAAAUCUAGUGUGGCGAAAUCUAAGACGCCAAAAUCGGUUUCUUUGAAAUCUAGUGCGGUGAAGUCUGCUUCUUUGAAAUCUAGUGCGGUGAAAUCUGCUUCUUUGAAAUCGUCUUCUUUGAAAUCGGUGUCGGUGAAGUCUGCUUCGGUGAAAUCAUCUUCUUUGAAGUCGGUGUCGGUGGGCUCAAUUUCGCGCUCGGCUGGAUUGUCGGCGAAAUCGGUGUCAUUGUCGCCUUCGAAGAGUGUGGUGGUAAGUGGCAGUAGGUCAGGAUUAGUGAGUGCAACCAGAAGUGUUAGUGUGGGGUUAAACGCUACGGGUGUAGUGGCCGAUGUUUAUGGUAUUACGGGAGUUGAUUCUGUUCGAGUUAAAGAAGCAAUGGCUGUGGCUAAUGCUACUGCAAUUGUGAAUAUUGCUGUUUACUUUGAUCCUGGCUGUGGAUGCUUUGUGGAUGCUGAGCGGAAGCUUAAAAUGACGAAAGUCAAUGGUGAGCUGGUUGAUGCUAGUGGAAUGUUUAAGGGAGUUGAUUGUGGCUGUAAAUCCGCUGCUGAAAUCAAGGAAAAAGCUACCUUGACUGAAACAGGAUUCUAUCAAGUAAACACUUCUUCUGCGGAGGCUAAAGCGCAGGCUCAAGCGGCCAGUAAAGUCUUAACUCAGCUUCAGAGCUCUGGUGCUACUUCUUCUGCGAGUGCAUCGGCUGGAGCUAGUGCCGGCGCCUCUGCUGAUGCCUCUGCUGAUGCCUCUGCUGAUGCCUCUGCUGGUGCGGCGGCUGGAGCCGCUGCCGGGGCUGCAACUGCGGGUGCUGCUGCGGGUGCAAGUGCUUCAGCUGAUUCUUCAGCGAGCGCAGAUGCCGCGGCUGGCUCUUCUGCUGAUGCCAGUGCUGGCGCGGAUGCCUCUGCUUCUGCGGGUGCCGAUGCAAGUGCUGGUGCAAGUGCUGGUGCCGGUGCUGGUGCAAGUACAGGUGUUGAUACUCCGGCAGAUACUGGUGCUUCAGCUAGUGCCGGAGCGGAUGCCUCUGCUUCUGCUGGUGCGGAUUCCUCGGCUUCGGCCGAUGUGCCGGCUAGUGGCAUUCCUUCAAGUGCUUCAAUCGACAUGCCAAUGGCCUCAAGUAUGCCUUCAAGUGUGCCUUCAAGUGUGCCUUCAAGUAUAUCUUUGAGCGCUUCUAGUUCUUUAAGCGGGGUUAUGCCAACAGCUGUGGUUUCUGAUAGUCCUUUGCUUCCUACUACGUUGCCAGUUGGACCAGUGGCUCCUCUGCCAGAAUCACCAUCUACUUCUAGUGUGAGUAGUAGUAUGCCUAUGCCGACCCAGGCGGGGCCUUUGCCUGUUUCAACUUAUAACCCAUUAACUGGCGAUUGCGUUGCGGAUCCAUGCCAGGAUAUAGUUAGAUACUUCAAGAUUAGAAUCCCGCAGCUAUUGCCUAGGACUGCUGUAAUUACUCAGCAAAUUACCCAAACUAUUAGUGUUGAUCGGCCAGUUACUCAAUACCAAACUAUUAGUGUUGACCGGCCAGUUACUCAGUACCAAACCAUCAGUGUUGACCGACCUGUUGUCCAGUACCAAACAUUAACUGUUCCUGUAGACAGACCCAUCACUCAACUACAGACGCAAACCAUUCAGGUUGAAAAGCCGCCAGUUACUCAACAGCAUACCCAAACAAUUUGUGUGCCAAAGCCAACCACUCUCCACCAUGUGCAGACAAUCAACAUCAACAAGCCCGUUACCAUGUACACGACUCAAGUAGUCAAUGUUACCACUCCAGUCACCUACUACCAGACGCAAACCAUCAAUGUUCCUGUUCCUACACCGGCCUUUAUCACCAACCACCAAACCAGAACAAUUGCCACCACAGUGCUUUCAACUAUCACUCUAACGCACAGCAGCCCAGUAGUCAUUCCUACUACAGUCCAUGUUCCAGUAACAGUAACAGCUGCUCCGCAUAUCCAAACCACACAGAUAGCACCGCCUCAGGUGAUCCAGACUACAGUUCAAAAUGUCUCUGUCCGAACAACCACCGUGGUCUUACAACCUGCUGCUACUGUCGGGCACCACCACCACCAUACCCACCAUACCUGCACUACCGAUUCAGUGUGCAUUGUGGAACAGCCCGUUGGCUACCAUACCAUUCCUAUAUCUAUUGAGCCAACUACCUUUGCGGAAGAGCUCUGCCCUUGUGAAAACGCUUUCUGUCUGAACACCUGCACACCCAUGGUUGAUUCUGGAAGUCCUGUCAACCACGUGCUGUUCAAUGGUUCAGCUAUUGUUGCCCGCCACCACUGA